UUUAUUUUGUAAAACCAGCUGAUUCUGACAAUGAUUGCUUUGCGUUUUUGACAAUCCUUGAAUCGACCCAACUGAUUAUUGUGAAUUGACUCUUCCGAUAUUUUCUGUUCAGCCCUGUUGACAUAUGAGGUUAAGCGGCUGCAACUGACAACGCUUGUGUCAAAACAAACUUCACGUGGAUGUAACUUGGCCUGCUCAGUUUAAUUUCCAUGCAUUAUGUCCUCGUUUUUUAUUAAACACAAACCGAAGUUUAACAAGAAGAGAAAGCCAGAAGUCCCAGCUACCAAGACAUCGGGCACUGCGAAGAAGAAAAAGGCGGUUAAGGAAGAAAGCGAUGAAGAAAUUCAAAGUGACGAUGCUUUCGUUAGUGGAGAGGAGUCAGACCCCGCCGAUCUAUUUCCGGAACCCGAGCAAGAAACAGCACAAGACAAACGAUUGAGGCUCGCGAAAAAGUACCUCGAAGAGAUCGAAAAGGAGGAGCAAAGUCGGGCGGAGGACAAGGAGGUACAUGACUUGGUUUCGCAGAGGCUGCAGGAUGAAUAUCUUGACAGCAAAGGAAAAUUACGAAAGAACAUCGCAGAUCAGUACACCGGCUACAAUGAGAAAACCAUCAAAAUUCUGAAGAAUAAACGACAGAACCUCCCGCUGACCAGCAUCGUCAUUUCCCAGAAUGGAGCCUUCAUGUUCACCGGAUGCAAAACUUCGUUCGUGGUUAAGUGGAGUGUCCCGUCGGGUGAGAAAUUGGGAUUUUUCGAUUGCUUAAGUCACGUAGAACAGAUAAAUGGGAAUAAACGAAGACCACACAUUCUCGCGAUGGCUCUGUCGUCGGAUAUGAGGUUCCUGGCGCUGGCAGAUGGUGGGAACAACAUACAAAUAUGGUGCCCCGAUAAGUUAACGCACAUAAAGAACUUCAAAGGACACAGGGACGUUGUUACGGCUUUGACAUUCCGCAAGGACACCCACCAACUGUAUUCGGCCAGCAAAGACCGAUCGGUGAAGAUUUGGUCGUUGGAUGAGAUGGCGUACAUCGAAAGUUUAUUCGGUCACCAAGCGGCAAUCACUGGCAUCGAUGCCCUAUCCCGCGAAAGAGCAAUAACAUCCGGUGGCACCGACUGCAGUAUAAGGAUAUGGAAGAUAACGGAGGAGUCCCAGCUUAUCUACAACGGCCAUAAAGGCAGUAUCGAAACAGUGAAGCUGAUCAACGAUGAGAACUUUGUGUCUGGAGGCGAUGAUGGCUCUCUCUGCCUGUGGAGCGCCUUGAAAAAGAAACCUCUUCACAUCCAAACACUUGUCCACGGAAGCCAGGAAAACGGCGAGGCAAACUGGAUUACUGCCAUCGCGACACUCUUGAAUACAGAUCUCCUGGCGUCUGGGUCUUGUGAUGGAUUCAUUCGCGUCUGGCGAACACUGAACAACGGCAAGACCCUUAAGGAGCUGUUCGCUAUUCCAAUGUGUGGUUUUGUUAAUAGUUUAGCCUUCACAAAUGAUGGUCGGUACUUGAUUGCGGCCGUGGGCCAGGAACAUCGACUGGGUCGAUGGUGGAGGAUAAAAGAAGCGAAAAAUUCUAUUGUUAUUAUAGAGUUAAAUAAAAAGGAAUCUAGUUGACGUUUUUAA